GCCGCCGCCACGGCCCCGCCUGAGAGCUGCGCAGGCGCCCUGUGAAUGCUGCAUUUUACCGCCGCAUAGGUGGAGGGCCAGCACACAGGAGGCACCAGCCAUCACAACCAUACAAUAAAUAAUUCCUUGCUGCAUCCCGGCCUGAGCCAGGGAUAAGGACUACUCCUCCUUAAAGGACUGGAUUUCCAAAGCAGUGCCAGAACCCUCCUCCAGAGCCCAGUGAAUAGGUGACCCAGAAAAGGAGACUGCACUAAUGGCUGGCAGAGUUCCUUGUUUUAGCUCUGAAGGUCCAGGGUAUUUCACCACUGGACGUUCAGCAAACAACGGUAUGGCACCUCAAGAGGAUAAAACAGGGAUGCUUCAGAGGAUCAGUGUUUGGACCCCAUGUCAAAAUGUGGCAUGGAAGAGAGUAACAAGGAUCUACUCCAUAGCCAGCCACAGGGCAGCAGUUUGCAAGUGCAGUUCCACUCAGCUAAGGAAGCAGUGGCAGGCUGGCCCCACCUCAGGAAACAGAAGGACCUGGGAGGACCAAAGCCACAGAAGACUGACUCCAGGGCUGUAUCCCCGGAGCCUACCACUGUGCUGGGCAUACAACAGGUGCUCAGUCAGUACUUGCCAAAUGACUGAAUGCAUCCUGUCAGUAUCAGGAUGCCACCAGUUCCUGAGGAAGCUGGGGAGAUGGGAGGAAAAUGUUUGGACUCCUGCCACACCUUACAUUAGCAGCAUCUUCUCCGAGUCUUGA